CAGCCGCCGCCACAAGUCUUUCCGCCUCCCCAGCCUGCCUGGGAGCUGGGAGCGGGAUUAUGGUGGCCUGAGCAGCAAACGCAGCCUCAGGAGCCCGGAGCCCCGACCCUUCCCCCGCUGCCGCCCCGCCGGGAGGACCAGGAAAGCAGCCUCCGACCUGCCAUGCCCGCCCCGCCCAGCCCCCCCGGGGGCCCGAGCCGGGCUCUCCCGGACCUCCGCUGAGGUUGGACCGCUGGCCAGAUGUAGCCAGGCUCCGGAUCCAUCUCCUCCCCUCCUAUCUCUCUGUGGAUCUCUCCCGCCCGCUCCCCGCAGCCUGCACCCGGGGCUGGCCGAGGGGCCUGCAGGCUCCGGAGCCCUGAUGCCUCACCGCUCACUCUCCUGAGAAGCCGCCUCCAGCACCCAGAGUUGGGGGCAGGCCACAGGGACGGACGCGGGCCGGAGGGAGCCCAGAGCGCCCCAAGGCCAGGGCCCGCCAUGGCCCAAGCGCUGCCCUGGCUCCUGCUGUGGAUGGGCUCCGGUGUGCUGCCCGCCCACGGCUCCCAGCCCGGCAUCCGGCUGCCCCUGCGAAGUGGGCUGGGGGGCGCCCCCCUGGGGCUGCGGCUGCCCCGGGACACCGACGAGGAGCCCGAGGAGCCCGGCCGGAGGGGCAGCUUUGUGGAGAUGGUGGACAACCUGAGGGGCAAGUCCGGGCAGGGCUACUACGUGGAGAUGACCGUGGGCAGCCCCCCCCAGACGCUCAACAUCCUCGUGGACACAGGCAGCAGUAACUUUGCAGUGGGGGCCGCCCGCCACCCUUUCCUGCACCGAUACUACCAGAGGCAGCUCGGGGGCUACUGUCGGGGGCUUGGCACCGUUCAAGGAAGGGAAGAGCUGUCCACGGGCCCACUGCCCGGCCCGGUAUCAGGGACUGAAAGGUCCAGCACAUACCGGGACCUCCGGAAGGGUGUGUAUGUGCCCUACACCCAGGGCAAGUGGGAGGGAGAGCUGGGCACUGACCUGGUGAGCAUCCCCCACGGCCCCAACGUCACCGUGCGUGCCAACAUCGCUGCCAUCACUGAAUCAGACAAGUUCUUCAUCAAUGGCUCCAACUGGGAAGGCAUCCUGGGGCUGGCCUACGCUGAGAUCGCCAGGCCCGACGACUCCCUAGAGCCAUUCUUUGACUCGCUGGUAAAGCAGACCCAUGUGCCCAACCUCUUCUCCCUGCAGCUCUGUGGGGCCGGCUUCCCCCUCAACCAGUCGGAAGUGCUGGCCUCAGUUGGAGGCAGCAUGAUCAUCGGGGGUAUCGACCACUCGCUGUACACAGGCAGCCUCUGGUACACACCCAUCCGGCGGGAGUGGUAUUAUGAGGUGAUCAUUGUGCGGGUGGAGAUCAACGGACAGGAUCUGAAAAUGGACUGCAAGGAGUACAACUAUGACAAGAGCAUCGUCGACAGUGGCACCACCAACCUUCGUUUGCCCAAGAAAGUGUUUGAAGCUGCUGUCAAAUCCAUCAAGGCAGCCUCCUCGACGGAGAAGUUCCCCGACGGUUUCUGGCUAGGGGAGCAGCUGGUGUGCUGGCAAGCUGGCACCACCCCAUGGAACAUUUUCCCGGUCAUCUCUCUCUACCUAAUGGGUGAGGUCACCAAUCAGUCCUUCCGCAUCACCAUCCUUCCACAGCAAUACCUGCGGCCAGUGGAAGACGUGGCCACGUCCCAAGACGACUGUUACAAGUUCGCCAUCUCACAGUCAUCCACGGGCACGGUCAUGGGAGCCGUCAUCAUGGAGGGCUUCUAUGUCGUCUUUGAUAGGGCCCGGAAACGAAUUGGCUUUGCUGUCAGUGCUUGCCAUGUGCAUGAUGAGUUCCGGACAGCGGCGGUGGAAGGCCCGUUUGUCACCCCGGACAUGGAAGACUGUGGCUACAACAUCCCGCAGACAGACGAAUCGACCCUCAUGACCAUAGCCUACGUCAUGGCUGCCAUCUGCGCCCUCUUCAUGCUGCCCCUCUGCCUCAUGGUGUGUCAGUGGCGCUGCCUCCGCUGCCUGCGCCACCAGCACGAUGACUUUGCUGAUGACAUCUCCCUGCUGAAGUGAGGAGGUCCGUGGGCAAAAGAGAGAGAUCCCCCUGGACCACAUCUGGUGGUUCGCUUUGGUCACAAGGAGGAGACGCAGACGGCACCUGUGGCCAGAGCACCUCAAGACGCUCACCCACCCACAAAUGCCUCUGCCUUGACAGAAAAGAAGGAAGAGCUGGCAAGGUGGGUUGCAGGGACUGCACCUGUAGGAAGCAGGAGAGGGAAGAAAGAAGCGCUCUGAUGGCAGGAAUACUCUUGGUCACCUCAAACUUGAGUUGGGAAAUUCUACUGCUUGAAACUUCAUCCCUGAACCUUUGUCCGCCCAAAGUAUUCUUCUUUUCUUAGUCCCACAAGUAAGGAUCCAGUGUGUAUCUCUGCAGUACCCUGGCAGAGAAAGGGCCAAUCUUGUUUCCCUCCUGGCCACAGUCAGCAGGAAUGGAUGCACAGUCUGCUAUUUGCUUUAGAGAUAGGGACUGUAUAGACAAGCCUAUAACAUUGGUGCAAAGACUGCCUCUUGAAUUAAAAAAUAAUUAAAAAAUAAUUUGUACAAA